AUCACACGAAUGGGAGAAGAGUAUAAGGAGGCAAAGGCGACACGUAAUCAGGAUUUUGACUGGCUCGACCGACCCUUUCAACACCUGCCACACGGAAACCUGACCCCGGUGGGCUUUGAACGUCGACGUCGCCGUCAUGGAGAAUUCCCCCAGGCUCGAGGAGGCCAUACGCCAGACACACACUGAGGAUACCGAGGCCGAUGUCAAGAAGCCACAGGCCGGAGUCGGCGGGGGGGACCUGGCUGCGAACCUCAUCGGCGACCAGACCGUCGAGUUGACCGAGGAGGAUAACAAACGCAUCCGCCGGAAAACCGACAGGCACAUCCUGACCGUGCUCGUCUGGGUGUACUUCCUCCAGAUCCUCGACAAGUCCGCGCUCGGCUACGGCGCCAUCCUGGGCAUGCGCGAGGAGUGCAACCUGACGGGCAACGAGUACUCGAUGGUGGGCUCCAUCUCGGCGAUCGCGCAGCUCGUCUGGCUGCCCUUCUCCUCCUGGCUGAUCGUCAGGGUCCCGCACCGCAUCCUCAUGCCCGCCCUCGUCUUCGGGUGGGGCACCGCCCAGGCCUGCAUGGGCGCCUGCAACGACUACGGCGGCCUCCUCGCCACGCGCUUCCUGCUCGGCCUCUUUGAGGCCGCCUGCCUGCCCCUCUUCUCCGUCAUCACCUCCCAGUGGUACCGCCGCGCCGAGCAGCCUAUCCGCGUCGCCGCCUGGUACGGCACCAACGGCGUCGCCACCAUGUUCGCCGCCGCCGUGUCCUACGGCCUCCGCGGCAUCGACUCCCCCGUCUCCUCCUGGCGCGUCCUCUUCAUCCUCGUCGGCCUCCUCACCGUCGUCACCUCCGUCGUCGUAUUCUUCGUUCUCGACAGCGACGUCCCGUCCGCCCGCUUCCUCACCGACCACGAGAAGCUGCAGGCCAUCGAGCGCCUCCGCGCGAACCAGACCGGCACCGGGUCCCGCGAGUUCAAGUGGCCCCAGGCCCUCGAGGCCGUCGUCGAGGUCAAGAGCUGGCUGUUCAUCGGCAUGGCGCUGUGCCUCAACGUCACCGCGGCCGUGACCAACAUCUUCGGCCCCAUCAUCCUCGGCGGCUUCGGCUUCAGCCCCGCGAUCGUCUCGCUCAUGAACAUCCCCUUCGGCGCCGUGCAGCUGCUCGUCAUCUUCCCGUCGUCGUACCUCGCGCACCGCUUCCGCGUCAAGUCGCCCUUCCUCCAGGCCGUCUUCGUGCCCGUCCUCGCCGGCACCAUCAUGCUGUACCUGCUGGAGCCGGGCCGCACGGCGCCGCUGCUCGCCGCCUACUACAUGCUGGCCUUCAUCUUCGGCGCGAACCCGAUCCUCGUGUCCUGGAUGAUCUCCAACAUCGGCGGCACCACCAAGAAGUCCGUCAUCAUGGCCCUCUACAACAUCGGCGUCUCCGCCGGCAACAUCGUCGGCCCCCUGCUCUUCAACCAGGACGACGCCCCCCGCUACCGCCCCGGCCUCCAGAAGAUCAUGACCACCACCUGCGUCCUCUUCGCCAUCGUCGGCCUCCAGGUCGUCGCCCUCUUCGUCCUCAACAGGAUGCAGGAGCGCCGCCGCGUCCGCAACGGCAAGCCCGCCAAGCUCCACGACGCCAGCAUGGAGCACCGCUACACCGCCGCCGCGGGCCGCGACGACGACACCGACUUCCGGCUCGGCGGCGACGCGUUCAAAGACCUGACUGACUCCCAGAACGACGAGUUCGUCUACGUCUAUUGACAAACGUGCUGUUUGGGAGGCUGUUGAGCAGACUAGGCCGGCGAAGCCACAUGCGCCAAGCUGUACAAAUCGAAAGCCGGAG